AUGGGCAGGCUAAAUAAAGAAGCAGAAGACCAAAAGCAUGACGCGCAUCAUCAUCCAGUAGUACUCACCAAAAUUCACAACACCAAUGAAACACCAUGCUCCGGCUGCAGUAUUAACAUCCUCCCAGGGGAGGACUACUUCGCCUGCAUGCCAUGCCAUUUCUUUCUCCACAAAAGAUGCUUCGAAUUACCCCCGUCCACUACACACGAUCCACAUCCUCAUUUACUAACUCUGGAAUUUAAACCGCCUUAUGAAGGAGAAGAAGGCUUCAGCUGUGACCACUGCGCACAACCGGGUACCAACCAGUGGCUCUACUGCUGCCGGCAAUGCCAUUUCGACGUGCACAUAUGUUGUGCCAAACUUCAAACUGGACCAAACUUGGAAGCUUCUUGCAGAUCCCGUGGUCUUGCAAACGUCAAACCAGCACCUCUGGUAAACGCCACGACUUCUGAUACUCAAUCAGCAAAUUCGCCAUUCGGGGGACAGGGGAACUUCCACAACUUUCAUCCAGGUAAUACGUCGGUGGCCAAUCAACCAGUUCUUGCCAUCCCAAAUGCAAUGACCAUGACCGCUAAUCAAGUUCCUUUAAACACCACAACCCCACCAAGCAUUACAUCGCAGUACGCGUUCAACGCUGCUUAUAUCCAUCAGUCAGGCAAUCUCACAAACGGGUUCCAAGCAAGCGGUUACCCCUUUAGCCCAACCACUGCCUCGCGCACUAUUCAACCAAUCCCAAUGAGUCCGAAUGGAACAACAGUGUUCGCCGCUCGGGGUCCCAUAAACAACAGCACAAACCCUCCGGUGGGUGUCCCCCAAAGCCGGCCAAGCGCGGCAUAUGGCCACAACGGCGUCGUGUAUCUGAACGGCGCUCAAGGGAUCAACAACCAACCGAUAUACCUGAGGCUGAAUGGUGGCGGAGCUCCAAUGGCCGCAGCGGUUCUACCAAUCCAAGGGUUCGGUUAUGGGAAUCCCGGGUACUAUGGAGCGAAUCACGGCAUGAUGGGUGGUGUGAAGGAUAUGGCAAUUGGAGGAAUCUUUACUGGGAUGGGGCAAUCGGGUGGGUCGGAGGCGUUCCAUGGGCUGACCGGCAUUUUGGGUGGUGGUGGUGGUGGAUCGAUUGGUCUCGACGGGUCAGAGCUCAUGGGUCCCUAUGUCGGCGAUUACUUCUAGUUGAAAUGCUCAUCUUGCAAUAGAAGUUUCCAUUUUUCUGCUACUAUCAUCAUGCGUUCUCACGUAGAUUCCAGCAUUGCAAUUUCCGAGCGAAUGCAAUACUGUUCUUCCAA